UGUCAUUUGGCUGUGACGGCGAUAGCCGGCGUUAUAUGAGAUAUGUGAUCAUCAUUGGCUCUGGCUUCCCCACUACCACUACUGCUGCUAGGACGACUAUGCAUGUGGAGAGCAUAGCGUGUAGGAGAACAUAGAGGGGUCCACAACGGUGCAUCAACGGGAUCAUACAUCAGAUCCCUUUUCGACUCGACUCUUGGGUGGUCUCUGGGAAGGCCUCGUCGCUUUCCCUGGCACCUGGUCUGACAUCGUCCGCGAUUAUCAUUAUCACAACAAAGUCGGACGCCAACACUUCUUCAGUGGAAAAUAGCGGUCGAGUCUCUCCUGCUGCUCUCCAAUCCUUUCACGACAAUGUCUGCCGUGGAAUCAUACGUUGACCAAACCGUCCAGGUCAUCCUGUACGAUGGGAGAGUCAUAGUGGGCAAGCUCAAAGGCUUUGACGUCCGAACCAACCUCAUCCUUGCGGAUUCGGUCGAGCGAGAAUACUCAAUGGACGCGGGCGUCGAAAUGAUCCCUUUGGGACUGUACAUGAUCAAGGGCGACAAUGUCGCCUUGGUCGCAGAAGUGGACAACGAGAAGGACAGUACGAUCAAUUACGAGGAAUUACGUGCAGAACCAUUACCGGAAAUUCGUCACUGAGAAGGCGUGGACUCGCUCCAAAGCAUACUUGGCCUCAAAGCCCUUCAACGUGCCAUAAAUGAACACUGGAUGGUACGUCUCGUCCGUGAAGGUCGUUGCGACCCCCACUCGGACACCAAUACAAGCACGAUCCAUCAUCCCAUGACCUUGGAUCGUGUACAAAUGAUGAGGGUCACCGGUCCAGGGCCUAGACAGAGGAGUCUUAUCGUCAAUCGCCGUCGUUUACGUGAUUGCGUAUCAUGAGAUCUAGAUCAAAUUGCGAACAUGCAUAUGUACAAUU